GUGUUGACACCGGUGGUACCAUAUUCUGCAAGUAUCUCGCAAACAGCACCUCUCUGAAUCUAUUAUUGCCAGCAUCCUGCUUGAUCGAUGUCAGACUUCUAUUAUUUGUCAUGAUGCAAACAACAGGGAUAGAGAAAACGAGUGACUACGAUGAGGAGCUUGUUUCUCGCGAUGACAUUUCGGAGCACUCGUCAUCAAAAGCUCUCUCCCCAGGUAUCUCGGAAAGUGCCCCUGGUGCGCAGAAUGAUCGGUUUGACCUAGAAAAUACGCUUGAAAACCUCCACGAAUGUAGCUGGGAGGUUCUUCAGGAGAAAUUUUCAACCGCAAUGGAGACGCAUGCCCAAGCCGAGCAGGAAUUACGGGACCAAACAGCUAAGCUGCUCGAGGUGUUUAUGACCUGGUCACAGGUUGCAGUGUCCUAUGACGAAGACCGAGCCUUUAAAAGGUUCAAGACACGUAUGCAGCAUGUGCAGAACUCUGAGACAAAGUUAGAAGAUAAGAAAAAGCAUUAUGCAAAUGUCGUUAAAGCAUUCGAAAGUGCCCUUGCUCUGCUCGAGGGCUGAACAGAGGAGCCAAAAUAUUCUACGCUACUCUUCUGCGGAUACAUGAUGUGCAAUCAGAAAUUUGGUGAUAUACGAUCUGUUGAACAUCCUGCGAUCACUGCCUGUCCUGCACAUCUCCAUCCUCGACGCUAUCUUCUCCUCUGCGGGCUAUUGGAGUAUACGCUUCUCUAGCUAAAGAUCGGAAUCGCUUAGAAGUGGAAUACGGCUUCUGAUCGGCGACAUUGAUCAGCUCUGACCUGGAGACUUCUUCACUGUCGUCUCACGCGAUCGAAACGUCGUCCCCUUUGCAAGCAGUCCAGGUCUGGAGUAGCUGCUCGAAGAUUUC